AUGGACGGUACUUUUAAAAGGAAACUGAUUCUGAAUGCUCAGAAUAUCAAGGAGCUACAGAGGAAAGAUGAUAAUUCGAAGCUUUCGUUACUAAAGAUUGCAGGAAAAUUCUACAACGAUGACUUAUACUCAGAUUUCGAUAAGGAAGUUCUACUAAUGAAACCUAAUGAUUGUGCCAUUGUACAGAAAUAUUCCAGAAUGGAGACUUUCGACUUGGAAAAUCAUCCUCGCCUUGAAAAGCUUACCAUCAACACUAUGUAUAGCGGUCAUCCAUUGAGAGAAUUCUAUAGACGGUCGAUGUUGAAGUUAGAAUUGAAUGAUAACGUCGACUCAAAGGGGUUAGAGAAUGCCAGAAAUCAGAUUGAUAUUAUUAAAAAGCUUCCUAUCAUUGUAUUUAUUCACGGAUUGGGUGGUCAACUGUCUCAGUUUGAGCCUAUACUUCAGGAAUUUCGUAACUGCGCAGACAUAUUUGGUAUUGAUUUACCUGGUUUUGGCAACUCAAAGCCUCAUUUACGGUGCCGAUCAUUUUCCAGAUUGUCCUCAUAUACCGAUGAAGAAAUAUACAACCUCGAAUCUUCGCUCUCUAAAAUGACAUGGGACGAUUUUCAGUUCGAUGCCAUAGUAGAUAUCAUCUAUCAGAUCUUAAUGGUCAAGUUUCCAGCCAGGCGCUUUAUCAUUAUUUCCCAUUCUAUGGGAACACACAUUUCCAUUAGAUUGAUCAACAAAUUACCGACUGAUCGCGUUGAAAGUCUCUGCAUGAUUUCACCUCCGGGGAUAUUGGACUCUAAUACUACUCGUGUCAAACUGCCGCUAUUUACGCGAGUAUUUCUUGAGUUGUCUAGCUAUUAUCCGCGUCUAUUUGAUCUCUAUAGGCUAUUUGAUCGUCGUGGUGGUCUAUAUUCUAAGUCUGUUGACUCUUAUAUAUAUCCAGAAGAAGAUGAUCUACUCAAGAGGUUAGCACAACUUCGGUGGAACCUUGAUACAAACUCUAAGAUCUUUCUCGAAUAUUUAAAAGGCUUCACUCCAGUUAGUGUUGAGGAGUUAUUGAGUGCUGCGUCCAAGAUACACGAUUCUACUGAUUCGAAAAUACCAAAGAUUCUUCUCUGUUGUGGAGAUAAGGAUAAGUUGACGCCAGUCAGUAGCAGCAGUAAUAUCUGUAAUACAUUGAAGGAGGCAGGCUUUGCUGCAGAACUGAGAGUGGUGAAAGAUGCCAAUCAUUCUGUGUUCUUGGAUAGACCACAUUUACUUUCCGGAAUCAUCUACGAGUUUGUCGUCUCGUUGAAUUUGCAUAUUGAUUGUACAUGGGUGCUAAAAGUAAAGGCAUUAAUAAGUGGUGAUAAGUGGAGUAUGAAGAAUUUGGAGAAGUGGAAUAAAGCUGUGACGUUAUCUAAGCCGUUGUUGAACAUAGCCAGUCCAGACAAGCCAAAGUGUCCCUUGCUAGGCAUGAAAACACUUCGUGAAACAGCUAACCAGCAUAAUCCUAAGAUUUUUGAGCAGGACCAUCCUGAAAUAUUUGGUAUAGUUGACAUAGGGUCGGAUACACCAUCAUACGAUCCGAAUGAUUUUAAGAGACUUCAGUAUAUUAAGUUCAAAACUGAAUCGAAGGUGACUCCAGAUGAUGUCACCAUAGCCAAGUUCUUGGAGAUUAUAGAUAAAUUGGUGGCCAAGAAGGGGCCAGAUCAGUUCAUUGUUGUCCACUGCCACUAUGGACAGAACAGAACAGGAUUCCUUAUUUCAUGUUAUCUAGUAGAAAGACUAGGAUGGAAUGUGAGAGAAUCCUUGGACGCAUUUGAGCAUUCCAAGGAGCCAGGUAUAAAACAUGAACAUUUCAAGAAUGCUCUAUAUCUACGAUACGGAGAAUAG